AUGCCAACAUUGUAUAUGCCAGGACCAUUGACCCUUCCAAACUACACUUUUAGUGAAAGAAAACCUAUGAAUCUCAUCCAGACUUACGAUGAUAAUAUUCUAAAACCAGCAACAUCAACAGAUAAAAAAAUAGUCAUGCAAAAUCACGAACGAUUAUUUAUGACAGAAACAGAAAUAGAACUUCAUAAAAAAAUUGUUGCAGCUAAAAUACAAAUUUGUAAAUAUAAUACUAAAGCAAAGAGGCAGUCAGCCGAAUUAAGAGCAGCUAGAAAAUUUGCAACAAAUCCUGAAAAUUUAAAUGCGAUUGAAAAUUGUACAACAGCAGCCAAAAUAUUAAUGCAAAUACAAUGGCGAGAGAAUAGCAAGAUAUUUAAAGGUCGGCGUUUACAUUACAAGAAAAAGUUAAUUGCUUGUCAAUAUUGA